GAGAUGUUACGAGUGACUAGGAUUAAUGUCCUCCAUGUGAGAGAUAAGAUAUCAGAGGAAGAGUAGUGGUAUUUUCUUAUCAAAAAGGUGUACCAAUCUUUACGUACGACUCCCCACGUUACAAAAUAUACAUAGUUCUUGAUAUGCAACUCCACACAGCGUAAGAUGUCAUAUUACUCGUACUUCUAGCUCUAACUCCUCCACACUGUAGUCUAGUAACAUCGUUUAAUUGAUGGAAUAAUGGUAACAAUGACAAGAAUUAUGUUGGUAUGCCUGGCAGCCGUCACAACCCGCCCCGCCAGGAAAUGACACAGAGGGGCGGCCUGUUCGGGGGGCGGCACUGUGGCCCUCUGCCCUGCCCCUGGCCCUUGUUUACACGCUACUGGAAAGGAGUGAAACCGCAGCUAAGGACAACAAAUAUUACGAUUGAAAAAAAGACCCACUGAGGUGCCGGUCCCCAAACAAGCAUUGAGUGAACAUGACGUCCCUCCCAGCACAGUCAUUAGGAGGAGAGGAGGAGGAGGAGGAGGAGGAGGGUGAAACAUCAAUCCUCGGCCGUGCUCAGUGAAGAAGCCAACACUAAGAUAUUCUCUCUCCUGCCACCGAAAGCUCAGGUGAAGGCGGCGAGCGUGGUGGCGGUGUUCGAGGCAGACCCGCCCACUUAUGGAGACUGGCGGCCUAUACUGACGGGCGUGGCCACUCUUACCAAGGAUCACGCCAGACGCUGCUACUUCAUUCAGCUGUUUGACAUGGUGGCGUGGGAGUUGGUGCGCGAGGAAGUGAUCAAACGGGACUCACCUUAUCACUUCUCCACAACGCUUUUCCACCAGUUCCAAGUUGAGAACAGUAUGAUAGGCCUGCGCUUCGCCUGGGAGGAGGACGCCCGCACCUUUGCCGGGGUGGUGCAUGACGUAGUGUCUGGCCAGCCCACCACCAAGGGCGAGGACGGGCCAUCGUUUCCCGACAAGCAACACACCUCUCCAAUCACCCGAGUCCCGCAACAGCAGACAAACGGCAUGGAUGGAGCGAAGCACAGGAAGGAACAAAUAUACAUCCCUUCAGACACAGGAGCGGAAGGAUCACAGACAUCGGCGCCACAGUCAAAACUCCCAGCACUGCAACCCCCUAGACAAGCACCACCGCCUCCCAAGCAGCCGCCACCAUGUCCCAAGCAACCGCCACUGAAGGGAAGAAAGACCCGCAGGAGGAAACACAAGAACGUCAGGCGCAACAGAAAACGGGGACACGAGCACAGCAGAAGGAAGCGAAGAGACAGCAGAAGCAGAAGCCAGCCAUUCCACCUGCUCCUCCGCCACAACAGCAAGGCAGGGAGGUUGGGCAGCAGCUUGGGUUCUCCGGCGGGAUGGUGUUGACGUCCCCCGCUGACAAGGCCACCGCAACACUUGACAGGCGGCGGGCAGGGAAGAAGAUCACGAAGGACAUGAUUGGUCAGCCUAAGGACUUUCGCCACGUGUAUCAUGUUGGCUUUGAUCCCGGCCCGCCCCCUCCUCCUUGUCCCGCGAAUAAAGAGGGAAUGCCGCAAGCCACACCACCACCCGCCAUCCCCAAUCCGCCACCCAUUGCCAUGUGUCACGACACCGCCCACGUCCCAAUCCGAGUCCCCGCCCACGCCCCUUCCACCCGCACACUAUCCCGUAGACUUUCCAAGCCUGGGGAGAAGCCGCCCCCGCCCCCACCCUCUCCCGUCACGAAGGCCCCUCCUCCACCCCCCUCCGGAAAUCCGUCCCCUCUCCAUCCCCCACUGAAUUCUCCUCUCCUCAUCCCCCACCACCCCCUCACCUCUCUCAGCCACCCCCACUCCUCCCCCUAUCCCUGUCACUCCUAUCCAGUCCCCUCCUUCCCCUACUCCUCCUCCCACCCUCCUCACUCCCGGACCUCCCUCUCCUUCCUCCUCUCCUCCUCCUCCUCCAACAGUUUCCUCCAUUUCUUCGUCACAUUUAGAUCCCUCGCCUCCUCCUCUUUCUUCUUCUUCUUCCUCUCCAUUUUCCUCUUCCCUUGUGUCAGAAAAUGGUUCCUGCUCUACUACUACUACUGCUACUGCUACUGCUACUACUACCACCACCACCACCACCACCACCACCACCACACGAAGAUCUAGUCUCCCCUACCACACCUCUACCACAAUCAGAAACCACCACAAAAAUAACAAGGAUGUCUCAAUUACCACCACCCCCACUGCUACUACCACCCCCACCACCAGUGACACGCCCUCCCCGACCCCUGACGCCGAGGCAGUUGAAGUGGAAAGUUCCGAAUCCAAAAGCUCGGAUCUCGAACCAGCGACUCAGAAGCAGAAUUCGAAUCACGAGGACCAAGAGGACGUCGAUACUAAGAUUGCACCUUCAGUAGAACAUAGUGCUUGUGUUGGUUCACUCUCGCCUCCUCCCUCACCACCUCCUGCUGUUGCAGAUAUUCCUCUUCCUCCUCCUCCUCCUCCUCCUUCUUCUUCUUCUCCUCCUCCUCUUUCUCCUUCUUCUUCUCCUUCUUCUCCCAUUGUUGUUAAUGAUCCUCUUCCUACAUCAUCUUCUCUUCCACCUGUUGUUGCAAAUGAUCUUCCUUCUUCUACUCCUCCUCUUCCUCCUCCUCCCUUCUUCUUCUUCUCUUCCUGCUGUUGCUAAUGAUCCUCCUUCUCCUUCUCCUCC